AUGGAUGAAGAAAUCCCAGAUCCACAAACAAAUCUACCGAUUCUAGAUCCUAAGCCACAAGAUGAAGCUUCAGUCCCGAUCUCACCAGAUCCGCGAUGGCCAUACCUUGGAAAGUGGUCUGCGAUUCCCCCUACCGGAGCUACUUCUGUGCCGGCAAAAGAUGAGAUACAUUCAAAUCCGCCAGAAACGGAGGAUAUUUCCUCCUCUGUUUCCAAAAAAUGUCACUUGGUGAUUUCUGUUUCAAGUGAUGAUGAUUCAUCCUCUGCUAGUCUCGCCAAAAUUACUACACUCGGUGAUUUAAAUACCUCCUCGGUUGUGAACGCGGUAGCUGCUGUCGGAGGUAUGGACACCUCGACGGAUAGUACUAUCAAACUGAAAGACGGAGAUCAUAGGAGUAGUUGCACUACUGAAUCGGUCUCUCCACACCACUUGGCUAGUUUAUCUCCUAUAAAGGUUCCUUCUCCAGAAGUAUCCUGUGAUCCUCCCAUUACUACUUUCGUUCCUUCAAUCGGAGCUUGGGCUAAACCUCUAGCUUUUGCACCACCAGCAACUCCUCCAACACCGUCAACACCAAGUGAUUUUGAUCCGAAGUACCUUAAUAACCUCCUUAACUCUUUCUGGCCUACACUGGCUGAUGGAACUGGGCAAAGUCAGAAGAAAAAAGAUCAACCCCCUGCUGUCAGAGAGUUUCCUCGUAUACCAGUCAAAAAAAUUCCGGUUCCUGAGCUUAAAGAUGAUGGAACACUAAGAUUUCCAUGGGCAGCCAGAAUGGAUCCUUCUGUCAGAAAUCUUUAUCGAGCAGCCAAGCCAACCUUUCGGCUCGAUGGUACUCCGGAAGUAGCUAUCCCUUCACAGGUACUUCUCUUAGGACCGGAAAAUAAAAAAGAGUAUAUCAUUGGCCAGUUUCAUCGAUGUUCUCUUCCUCCGGGAGGUUUAAUUCAUGCGGUAGUGAAUAGGUUGUGGGGAAGAAGUUGUAGAAUAGGCUGUCGUAAACUAAGUGAAUCAUCUUUCAUGUUUCAUAUACUGCAUGAAUCAACUCAACAAUGGGUGAUUCAGAGAGGUGUGUGGCAUGUUGACGACUGCAUGUUAUUUGUUUCGCCUUGGAAAUAUGUUAACUCAUUCAAAGUCCCUGAAGUUUCUACAAUCCCUGUGUGGGUAAACCUUAAAAAUGUUCCGGAUAGUUGCUACUCAAGAUUAGGUCUUAGCCAUGUACCAUCAGGUCUUGGUGAGCUUAUGCAAACGCAUAAACCUCGCCUUGAUCCAACUUUCUUGGGAGAAGCAAAGUUGUUGGUUGAAGUAGAACUAGAUAAACCUUUCCCUAAACAAAUUGCCUUAGAUGACAAACAAGGCAAUAUUUUCUUGGUGGAUGUUGAGUACACAUGGAUUCCAAGUGUGUGUGGUAGAUGUGGACACUUAGGACACAAGGAAAAAAAAUGUCUACUUCCAGCUAACCAAAAGAAUGUGGAAACAGGUUCUAGUCAUGAAGAUCUACCUGCUAAAGAAACAAGGAUUGAAAUGGAUAAAGUACAAGCUCAGUCCACUGUUGCUUCGGAUCAGUUGGAAAUGCGAGUUGAAAAUUCAGAGUUGAGUUUGGUGACAGCUCAAGAAGCACAAGUUGAACAUACUUUACAAACUUUGGUACCUACUAAAGAUUCAGAGACUGGACAUUUGUCACAAGGUGUUGAUCCGAAGGAGUUCUCUACUCCAGUGAACAACUCCACUCAUUCAAAGCAAUCUAUAGCCACUGGCUCCAACUCUCAAACCACUUCACCACCAUUAGCAGCGGACAAUCCAUUGGUCUCCACGCACUCUCCUGCACAUGGCAGUCCCCUUUUCAAUCAAACUGAUCACUAUGAGCAAGAUGAUAGAGAUGGGACUAUGAGUGAUGCUACGGCAAACCUCAACAUGUCACGAGGUGGAAGGCCAAUAAAACCACUUCAAAAAUUUCAAGAUAUGGAAUGGAACACAGUACGAGGAAAGAGUAAUCGAGGUCGUCGAGGCCGCGGUAACCACAGACCAUCUACCUAGUGUUUUCAUCAUUCUCUUGUUUUCAC